UGCAGGAAAUACUGUACUGUUACCGGGUACGGGAGUUGCUCUUGGCAGUUUUGGUAUUGGACCAAAUAGAACGAGUGAUAUUACAUACGGAGAACCGGCUAGUAUCGUUAAUCGGCGAUUUGCGAAGGCUGCUUUGAAAUGUCAUGUCUGCUAAUCCUGAUGACUUCUUUCGGUACGCCACAGUGUCUAACGGCAAUUCUGAUGACACAACUGAUUAUCUUAAGGAUGUAUUCACUUACUUGAACUAUACGUUCUUCACCAUUCAACCCAAUAAUUAUGAAGUGAGAGUUGUACGAUUCUGUCAACAAGGCCGUGGAUCUAUACUUGGAAGUGGCUUUUCAUCCCAGUUUGAAAUAAAAUUGAGAUGCAGAACAGAAAAUCAAGAUAUUAGUUCAUCUAGUUCCACUUUUAGACAAACCUCUCAGGGGCCAAUGAUAUUUUUGACUGUCAAUACAAUGGUGAGCAUGGGUCUUGUGAGACAAGAAGUGUGUUCCUUCAGCGUCGAUAAAAUCAACCAAAAAAUGACAGAGAAGAUUACCGACUGUGUAAAUGGCAUAGGACUAACUGGCAUAGGUUCGCAAAACAACAGGAACCUUUGCCCCACGCAUUUCACUUCCCCUCAGAGACAACAGAUCAUUAAUGACCAGUGUGUGCUGUUUUCCUAUCUACUGCGAGGUAUAGAAGUGGACGAUGUAUUCACGCGAACUCCGCUCAUCACAAAGACCAAUCAAAUAAAGGAAUUCACUUCUCUACUGGCAACUCCCCUGGACAACCAACUCUUCCUGUUUGCCGGCACUAGCAGUGGAGACGUGCUUCAGUAUCAUGUGACUGAUGAGGGUGGGUCAGCGCUAGUACGAACUAUCCCAGUGGAUAGAGUGGGUGUGGUCAAGAUGCUCUCCUCUGAUAACGGGGAAUACAUCUACACCAUGAGCAUGAACACAGUUCAUCGACACACUGUGGACAUGUGCGGCUCAUACAGCAGCUGUGAUAACUGUACCUCCUCCCCUGACCCAGUGUGUGGGUGGUGUGUACUACAAGGUCGCUGUACACGACAAUCUCUCUGCCCCUCUGUACCAUAUAAUAAUGGAGUGCAACAGACAGUGUGGGUACAGGUCAGUUGAGAGUGUCCCGUUAACAGUGGCGGAUCUCAGGGUGCCAUGAAAACACCCUUUCAGUCUAGCUAUGUGGCUGUAGUGCAACUACUAGUACAGCUAGUAGCUAGCUAUAUAUUGAUCAGUUUUUGUAGCUAAUGUUCAAUACCUGUAUGCCUGCAUGUUGCGUUGACUGCCA